GGCAGAGCCACGCCGCCCCCGAGUUCAGCGCGGUGCCAGCCGAACCGCUGCGCCGCGCCCCCGCCCGGCCCUCGCCCUCCCCCAGCCGGCCCUCGAGUGCCGCCAGCAGGCGACCCCGCGGGGUGCGCGCCGCGAGGCAUCUGGGCAGAGAGGCACCUCCCCUGAGAAGCCCGCAGGGCGACGUCCCGCGGGAAGAUGAGCGGCACAGGCGCCAGGUCCAGCCACCUGUCCCAGCCGGUCGUGAAGAGCGUGCUGGUGUACCGCAACGGGGACCCCUUCUUCGCGGGGCGUCGCGUCGUCAUUCACGAGAAGAAGGUGUCCAGCUUCGACGUCUUUCUGAAGGAGGUGACGGGCGGCGUCCAGGCGCCCUUUGGGGCGGUCAGGAACAUCUACACCCCGCGGAGCGGGCACCGCAUCCGGAAGCUAGACCAGAUCCAGAGCGGGGGCAACUACGUGGCUGGGGGCCAGGAAGCCUUCAAGAAGCUCAAUUACUUGGACAUAGGAGAGAUGAAGAGGAGACCUAUGGAAGUUGUUAAUACAGAGGUGAAGCCCGUAAUGCACAGCAGAAUCAACGUGUCCGCACGCUUUAGAAAAUCGCUUCAGGAGCCCUGCACGAUCUUCUUGAUUGCAAAUGGAGACCUCAUAAAUCCAGCCUCUCGCCUCCUCAUCCCCAGAAAAACCUUGAAUCAGUGGGAUCAUGUGCUACAAAUGGUCACGGAAAAAGUCACUCUGAGGAGUGGGGCUGUCCACAGACUUUACACGAUAGAAGGAAAACUUGUUGAGAGUGGGGCCGAGUUGGAGAAUGGACAGUUUUACGUGGCUGUCGGCAGAGAUAAGUUUAAGAAAUUGCCUUACAGUGAAUUACUUUUUGACAAGUCCACCAUGAGAAGGUCCUAUGGUCAGAAAGCCUCUUCACUACCUCCGAUUGUAGGAUCCAGAAAGUCUAAAGGGAGUGGAAAUGAUCGCCAAUCCAAGUCAACGGUUGGAUCCAGCGACCACACGUCCCCUCAGCCCCCAAAGAGGAAAGGGAAAAAAGAGGAGGUGAAUUUGGAAAAACCCAAGAAAGGGAAACAGAAUGUAAAGUUAAAGAAGUCACCACAAAUAAGUCCAAACGGUGGUGAAGGCGUUUUCCAGGCCGGAGCAGAGAGGUCUGAGAUACGGGGGGCAGCAGAAGUCCAGGAAGAUGAAGACACGCAAGUGGAGAUCCCGGUUGACCAGAGGCCAGCGGAAAUUGUGGAUGAGGAGGAAGAUGGAGGAAAAGCGAACAAGGAUGCAGAGCAGAAAGAAGACUUUUCGGGAAUGAACGGUGCUGUUGAAGGAGGAGGAGAGGAGGCGGCGCCAGGUGCCUCCCAGCAGGUCGAGGGCGUCCCGGGUCCCAGCGAGGAGCCGGUGGCCCCCACCCGCGUUAACGGAGGCACCGAUGAAGAGAAUGGCGAGGAGCUGGAUCAGGUUAAUCCCGAGCCUCAGGAGGCAGUGGAGGAGGAAGUCAAGUCGCAAGGAGCUGGCAGUGCACAAGGGGAGGCUGACUUAGACCCUCAAAGACCACCAAGACCAGAAGUAAAAAUCACGAGCCCGCAAGAAAAUGAGAAUGAACAAAACAAGGACUAUGCUGCCGUAGCAUAGAUGAUUUUUAAGAAGAGAGUGUAUUGAUGAUCGGGAAAAUGAAGGGUUAUAACACUUGAACAAUAAGGAUAUAGUUACUGCUGAACAUAAUGUGACAAUAUGGUUGAAUGCUGCAUACGAAAUUCUAAGAUUAGAGGCUUAAUGGAAAGGCUAGAUGAUUUUGAGUAGCUACUAAAGGAGAGCGGCUUCUUUUCAUGGGAUGUGUCUGUAAAAGUCAUUUAGAAAAAUUAAGAGGGAUAGAGGGGCAUGUUGCACAGACGGCAAUUGGCCACUUGUCUUGGUAAGCGAUGAAAAAAGAGGACCACACCCAUCUAUACUUUUCUAUACAUUUAGAAGUGAGGUUAGUAGAUGGGAGCUUGUUCUAAAGCACUUAUCUAGGAAGGCAUAGAAUUGUAGAGACGAUAAUAGGAAGGCAUGUACUUUUUUUUUUAAAGCAAUAAACUCUUGAAUAAACAAAUUGUAAUUUAGUUUCAGAGACGGCAGUAGAUUCGUGACUUGUUGACAUUCCUUCCUUUCUUCCUCCUUAUCCCAAAUCCGUCUCCCAAGAAUUAAAAAUAACACAUUUUGGAAGGAGGAAGUCUCCAUGCAGUGUGUUAGUGAUUGAUUUCGGCACGCCUCUCCCUCAAGUGCUUCAGGUUUUAAUCCUUAUGACUUUAAUGACACACUCAGGAAGGGCUUUAGUGAGUGAGCCCGGUGGGACGGUUUGCAAGUUCUGAUACCCGAGGGUUUUCAUGGGUCUAGUCUACCCUUAUCAAGAAUACCCAUCUCUUCUCCAUCAUGUUACUACGUUAGAAAACUCAAUAUUGGCUAGUCUAAAGGUUGAAUUCUCUCCAGUUUUUUAACAAAAGAACAAAAAACCAAGAAUGCAUUUGACUUGCUUUUUAAAAGCCUUAUUUCUAUUAGGAUUAGCCUUGUUAUAUUUUUGCCCCUAGGGAUAUCAGCGAAGGGUUAUUUUAAUGGCCGGUUAUAGUUAGACUUCCAAGCAGAUUCCUUCCUAUAUAAUUAGAAGUCUUCUGAUAGAAAUUGUUGAAAAAUGUUUAAAUUGUCAUGAUGAAACCAGUUUCUUAUUACAAUUUUGUGGGCUAAUUAUAUGAACUCAUAAUGGCCUUGUUAGGUAUAUAUGGGGAAAGACAUAAUUGUAUUAGUUUUCUGAAUUUUUAAGAGAUGAUGCAGAUCUUCCUUAAAUAUAGAAAUAAUAUAUUUUUCACGUAUUAAAGAAUAUUUUUAUUAGUGAUGUAGAUGUUAUAAAUUUGGAAGGAAACUUCUAGUGCUUUUGUAGAAUUCAUUAUUAAUCAUAAGAUUAAAAGAUUUUCUUCCCCUCCAGGUUUCAUAACCAACCAUUUAAAGUAAGGGUAUUUAUAUCAAGUACUUAAUAAUACUACAGAAAAUGAAUGUUUUUUUUUCCUAGCAGCUAUUUUAAUAUUUUCUACAAAUAAUAAGCAUAAAUGGAGAUAAUAAUGUAACAGUAUUGGAAAAGAGAUGGUGUUAUAAGGGUAUGUUGAUCUGGCAGGAUGAGUUGUAAGUGGGGGGUUCUAUAUUUCUGGUAUAAAAUAUAGAUGGUGCUUUAUUACAGGUAGACUUCUUUUUUCAAAGGGGACAAUCUGAAACCCUGUAGACUGCAAGCAACACU